CACUUCGCGCUCCGAUACAAACGUGCGACCCCAAGCUCCCAUCUACCCCAUGAGACCACGUCAGACCAUGAUUCCCAAGCCUCCAGGCGCAACGUAGCUAGCAUUCUGACAAGAUGGAGGCGGACUGGGACGAGCUGAGCCAAAUCCCUCUGCCUCCGCCAGGCCCACAUGCGCUCCCAACGCCAGCGACGGUCGUCGCCUUCGAUACGCAUCAGGAUCUCGUCUGGGCCGGCAACGACUUUGGUCGCGUAUGCUCCUUCUUCGGCCCUGAACUGCAGCGAUACACCUCGUACAAGGCGCACGCCGCGGCCGACGGCGGCGUCAAGCAGUUCCUCUUCUGCGACAAGGGCGUCCUGUCCCUUUCCGUACGCAGCGUGCACCUGGCGUCGCGACGCGGCCUGACGCAAUGGCACCUCACGCACGACGAGUUCAAAGAACUACGAUGCAUGAGUUUCACGUCCAAGGGCGUCCACGAGAUCUUGGUGGCAGGCUGCCAGAAUACCAUGUUCAGGAUUGAUGUUGAGAAAGGGACAAUCACGGAGACUCUUCCAGCCGAGAGCAACUACACCUUGAUGAAAAAGGGUGGGCAAUACAUCGCUGCUGCGACGAACUCUGGUCAGGUCCAUAUUAUCGACCCGCUCAACUACAAGGUUAUCAAAACAUGGCAGGCUCACAAGGAAUGGAUCAACGACAUGGAUGCCAAGGCGGACUUCUUGGUGACCUGCGGGUUCUCCCGCCGUCAGCUAAAUAACCUUGUCCUUGAUCCAUUUGUCUAUGUAUACGACCUCAAACUUCUGGUACCAUUGCCACCGAUACCUUUCCAUGUGGGAGCCGCCUUUGUUCGGAUGCAUCCUAGGAUGUCCACGACGAGCAUUGUGGCUUCUCAGUCAGGGCAGCUGCAAGUGGUGGACCUAAUGAACCCCAAUACGGCUAAUGUGCGCCAGGUCAACCUUUUUGACAGUUAUCUAACGCAGCUCGAGAUGGCUCCUUCGGGAGAGGCAAUUGCAUUGACCGAUUCUCUGUGUUCGAUUCGGGUUUGGGGCUCCCCGACCAAGAUCAGAUUUACAGACCAGGCACAACCAUCCGAGUUCCCAGACCAUCCUAUCCCUGCUCCGAAAGUGGAUUGGUCUAUGGAGACGCCUCUUAGCACCGUUGGCAUGCCGUAUUAUAGAGAUACACUGCUUUCCGUGUGGCCGAAUCAUCUGGUGUUCGAGGUAGGGGCACCACCGCCCAAGGUCGAUGCAGCAGUACAAGCUGCCAUGAAACGGACAGACAUUGGCCACUGGGCGCCCAAUAUUCGCAAACUCCGUAGGAACCAGGUCCAGGAAACGCGUCUGCCCGGAAAGGGUGCCGACGCUCUCAUGGCACCAAAAUUCCUCAGCGAGAAAGCUAGAGACGGUGGCGUGAAUUCUCAGCCAGAGCGUCGGAUGAGCGAGACGCUUGAAGCAUUAACUGACAUGAUGCUUGAUGGCUCGACUAAAAAAGAUGUCCCAGUCAUGUAUCGGAAUGUUGAAAUCAAGUAUAGCAAGUUCGGUGUCGAUGAUUUUGAUUUCAAGUACUACAACAAGACUGAGUAUUCUGGUCUUGAAACACAUAUUGCCAACUCAUACGCAAACCCACUCCUCCAGCUCCUCCGAUUCACACCUAUUAUUCGAAAUUUGGCGUUACAUCACGCCGCUACUUCCUGCUUGUUUGAGAACUGCUUGCUCUGCGAGCUUGGUUUCCUUAUAGACAUGCUGGAGAAAGCACAAGGCCAGAACUGCCAAGCUACAAACUUUUUGAAGACCUUCAGUGGUCUUUCCAAUGCUGCAUCUCUUGGGCUUGUCGAAGAACACUCGCCGAACAAUGCCCUGACCACCAUGAUUCAAGGGCUCAACCGCUUUUUGCUUGACAAACUCACGGCAGACUUCAGGCAGAUGUCUCCGGGAGUCAGUCACCUUGAUCAUGCGCUGACGACAGCCGCUGUUGCAAACAUUCGCUGCGCGCAGUGCAACAAUGAAACACGAAGACCAGGGGCAACAUACGUGCACGAGCUGGUAUAUCCGCCGAAGAACAGCAUGAAGAACCCGAUGCGAGCUCCGCGCCCUACCUUUUCCCAGAUAUUGAAGGCUAGCGUCGAGCGUCAAGACCAGAAUCGAGGUUGGUGCGACAGAUGCAAGCGUUAUCAGCAGCUUGCGGCGCGGAAGACGAUCCAAAAUAUUCCUCCGAUUAUGAUGAUUAACACGGCGAUUCUCAGCCACGAGGCUAAACAGCUGUGGGCGACUCCGGGUUGGUUACCGGAAAAAAUCGGAAUCAUCGUCAACACUGGGCAGUUCUACUGCUACGAGGGCCAAGACCUCGAGCACCACCUUAAACGAAAUUUCUACGACAUCCAGGUAUACGACCUCAUCGGUGUCGUAGCUGAUAUUAAUAGCGGCGAGAACCAGAAGUCGCAUCUGGUUUCAAUGAUCAAUGUAUCGCCCUCGUCGCGAGAGGAAAACCAAACCGAGAGUCAGUGGCAUUUGUUCAAUGACUUUUUGGUACGCCCGGUUGCGAAAGAGGAGGCACUCCGCUUUGAACCAAACUGGAAGUUACCAUCGGUCCUUACUUUUGAGAUCGCCAAGGCAAGCCAUCGAAUCGAUGACACUUGGAAAGACCAUUUGGAUACUUCGCUUUUGUACAGACAAUGGGGACCUGCUCCAGAGAGCGACAGCACAGACUAUGUCCCUUUGAGCACUAGCGAGCACAUCAAGCCAGGGUGGCCCGUCGCCAUCGACGCGGAAUUCGUGUCGCUGCAGCGCGAAGAAAUCGAAAUCAGCGCUUCCGGGCAGCGUGAGACGAUACGGCCUUCACGGCUUGGUCUCGCGCGCGUGUCCGUCCUCCGCGGCGACGGCGCCGACGAAGGAAAGCCAUUCAUCGAUGACUACAUCGCCAUCACCGAGCCCAUCGUCGACUACCUAACCCUCUUCUCGGGAAUCUCGCCCGGGGACCUAGACCGCUCAACCAGCAAGCACGCGCUCGUCGGGCUCAAAGUCGCAUACAAGAAACUCUGGCUGCUGCUCAACCUCGGCUGCGUCUUCAUCGGGCAUGGCCUGCCCAAAGACUUCCGCACAAUCAACAUCCACGUCCCCAAAGGCCAAGUCGUCGACACCGUCGACCUGUACUACAUCCCAGCACGGCAGCGCAAGCUGUCACUGCGCUUCCUCGCGUGGAUCGUGCUGGAAGAAGACAUCCAGACGGCGACGCACGACAGCGUGGAAGACGCGCGCACAGCGCUCAAGCUCUGGAAGCACUGGGCGCAGGUCGAAGAGGCCGAAGGCCGCCCCGUGUGCGACGACAUGGUCCGCGACAUCUACAAGCGCGGCUGGGAAGUCGGGUUCAAGGUGCCGGGCGCGCGCGCCAUCAACCCCGCUGCUGCUGCCGCCGCGGCCGCCGCGCAGGGCAGAGGCGACACGCCCGAGCCCGGCACCGGCGCGUCGACGCCGAUUCGGAGGCCCGGCACGGCGUUUGGUGGCGCGAACGGUAGUAGUGGUGGUGGGACGGCCAUGUUUGGCAGCCCGAUGAAGUGAGGGCAAGGGCGCGUCUGUGUGACGAUGGGGGGUGCGGAAGCAAGGGCGGCGAGGGGUCGGCACUGUGGUACGAACGCGCGCGCGCGCGCCCACGCUGCUGGGCGUCGUGCGGCACGCCGUGGCGUGGCAUGGCAUGCUGGCGGGUUACGCACGCAGGACACUGGCGCGCAGGCAAGGGUGUCGCGUGGCGUGGCGUGCGCGGGCGUGUCACGCUGCUCGGACAAACGGUGGACUGGUUGACUGACUGACUGACUGGGUGGCUCACUAGCUAGGAGUGAGUGAGUGUCUGUCUUGUCGUUUUUUUAUAUUUUGAAUAGGGGGGCGGGGCUCGCACGUUGUGGAUAGACUGACAUAGACGACGGAAUGGAUCGAAGCAUGUUGAACCGACUCUUACAUACAUACAUAC